GUAGUGUCGGUAUUGUAGGUGGGGGACGGAGCCUCCCUGCCGCGCCGCAGAAGCAACGAACAGUUCUCGGUCCCCGAUCGGCCCGUAAGUCACGUAAGGCGGAGAAGGAGAGAGCGCGGGUGAGACGGAGAGGACGCUAGAGGGGGAGGACUAGAGAGAGAAAGAGAGAGAGAGAGAAAGAGAGGCAAGGAAAAGGGAGCAGCUUGUGGAACGCGCCGUGUCCUCGCGUGCUUGUGUCGCGCACGGCGUCUCGAGCGCAGCCAUUACGACAGAGAGCCGCUCGGUGACGCUCGGUAACGUCGUUGUGUGGUAACGCGAGCGCGACGAUAGCGUAGCCCGUUGUUGUUGCUGCUGCUGCUGCUGCUGCACGCGUCAACGCUAGAUCACCCCGACGCCGCCGUUCCGGGUGUAACGGAGCGUGAGCGCACGUGUGCGCACGCGAGACAGAACGAAUUAAACCGUCGUCGGCUGCCGUCGGCACCGCCGUCACCGCCACCGCUACCACCGCUGCCACCUUGAGGGGUUGGCGUUACGCGAGUGAGAACGAGGAAGCGCGGAAGCUGCCGAGCGUGACUCGAACGCGCACGACGGGACGGGUGUCAUCGCGCAUCGGUAGAGGCUGCACGAAACGAGGAAUUUGGUUUGCGAUCGCGGACCGGUCGCGGCGAUCGGACGCAUCAGUACACGCGUGUGUGCGCGUACGUAGGGUGAGACGAGUCGAUCGAGAAAGGAAAGAGGGUAACGCGACGCGUCGUCAGCCGCCACCAUGUUUGACGUAUUCGGCUCUGUAAAAGGGCUGCUCAAGCUCGAUUCCAUAUGUAUCGACAACAAUGUGUUCCGGCUGCACUACAAGGCCACCGUGGUCGGACUCAUCAUCUUUUCCCUGCUGGUGACCUCCCGGCAGUACAUCGGUGAUCCGAUCGACUGUAUCGUCGACGACAUACCGCUACACGUGAUGGACACCUACUGCUGGAUCUACUCGACCUUCACGAUCCCGGACCGAACCGGCAUCAUCGGUAAGGACCUGGUGAGUCCAGGGGUUGCCACGCACAUCGAGGGCCACGAGGAGAUCAAGUACCACAAGUACUAUCAGUGGGUCUGCUUCUGCCUCUUCUUCCAAGCGAUUCUUUUCUACGUACCCCGCUACCUGUGGAAGACGUGGGAGGGUGGCAGAAUCAAGAUGCUGGUGCUGGAUCUCAAUUGUCCGGUGAUCAGCGAGGACUGUAAGAGCGAUCGGCGUAAAUUGUUGGUCGACUACUUCACCCUGAAUCUGCACUCGCAGAAUUUGUACGCGUACCGCUUCUUCCUCUGCGAAAUUCUCAACUUUAUAAACGUGGUCGGCCAGAUCUUUUUCAUAGACUUCUUCCUGGACGGCGAGUUCACCACGUACGGCUCCGAUGUCAUCAAGUUCACGGAGAUGGAACCCGAGGAACGUAUCGAUCCCAUGUCCAGGGUGUUCCCGAAGUUGACCAAGUGCACGUUCCAUAAAUACGGUGCGUCCGGCUCGGUGCAGAAGUUCGACGGACUCUGCGUGUUGCCGCUCAAUAUCGUCAAUGAGAAGAUCUACGUGUUUCUCUGGUUCUGGUUCAUCAUCCUGUCGAUCCUGAGCGGUCUCAGCUUGCUCUACCGUGCGGCAGUGAUAUUCGGCCCGAAGCUGCGUAUGGUGCUGCUGCGGGCACGCUCGCGUCUCUCGCCGCACGACCAAAUCAAGAUUAUCAGCGACAAGUGCCAGAUUGGCGAUUGGUUUGUCCUGUAUCAACUGGGCAAGAACAUCGAUCCGCUGAUCUACAAGCAGCUCAUCACCGAUCUCGCGACCAAGCUCCAGGGUAAGGAGAACGUGUAACGUCGAACGACAGCGAAGGACCUCUUCAAGGAGCGCUCCCAAACAACUCCGGAAGGUAUUCCUCAUCUCUCUCCCCGAGUGUGAUACUUUUCCCGAUAGAGGGAAGAAGCAAACGCGGUAUACACAAAAAAAGAAAUUGGUAUCAAAUCAAUUCAUUGUUUCAUAUAUAGGCAAGAAUAUCAAAUCUUGAAAGAAUUUAUAAUCUUAAAUAGAUAUAAUUUGUUAAAUUUUUGAUUCUUCGUGUAAGCAAUGUUAUUAGCCUAAAGUUUACCCUAAGUCGCGAGGUCGUUGCUUGUAGGUCAGCGAAUCGAUGUUCUUGCCGAGUUGAUACAGAACAAACCAAUCGCCAAUCUGGCACUUGUCGCUAAUAAUCUUGAUUUGGUCUUUUUAAGAUUAUCAAAUUCAAAAUUUUAUAUUCUUGCUUAUACAUGAAACCAUGAAUUGUUGAUACUAAUUUUUUUCUAUGUAGGACCGUCCUCAGGCUAGAGAUGAGAAUAAGAGACAGAGAGGAAGAGAGAGAGAGAGAGAGAGACACAGCCAUACCGAUUUCGUGGACACAAAGAUCGGAAAAAUUAUAGCGUUUUAAGGCUCAAUUGCAUCAACAAUUAUCCGAUUUAAAGUUUUUCAUUAGUGAUCCUUUAUUUCUAUUCAUAUUUUAUUUAUACAUAAUACAUUACAGAUAAGAAAGCUCGAAGUGAUCAGAAUUAGCUUUAAAUUGAUUUAAAUUUGAAUCACCACGGUGACCGAUCAGGGAUGCUUCAAAUUGAUUUGAUUAAUGGCAAAUGAAUUAAAAAUUUGCAAAUCCUGAAAGUUAAUUUUGUUUAGAAUUUGUACGUCGAUAAGGAAGUGAGAUUUUAAUUAAGUCAACCGUUUGACGAAUCAAAACUAAUAAAAAAACCUUGUUUGUUUCCAAUUUAUCGCUAAAUUAUAUCUAAUAUUAAUAGACAUGUGGAUAUAAUUAAUCAAUUAUAUCUAAUAGAUAAUUAACUGUUUUUAUCGUAGAGUUUAGAUCGAUUUCUCUGUUCUCUACCGAUUCUAAUUCUGACCUGGAUCUCGAGUCGAAGUCAGCAUUAACGUUGAUGCAAUUGGACCGUUGAGAUAGUUAGGACAAGAUUUUUAUGUCUCGCCGUUCUUCUUUCGCGCGAGUACACGCUUCCAUUCGACGUUGGGUUUUGCGGCGAAGACAAAGCGCGCAACUCGCCGCCCGUCUCCUCGUCUCUCCUCGUCUUCGCGUCGAACUCUCCUCGUCUUCGAAUCCUUUCACCUGUGGAGUUUCCCAUCGAUUUUAUACGCCGCCCAUUCCGCUUGUCCGUUUCUUUUAUUUUACUUCUAGGCGUACUCACAGAUUCCCUCGCGCGAGAAUUUGCGACUCCAACGUCAGGUCACGCGUCGGACUCUUACCAUCCAUUUUUCGCUUGAAUUUUAUUUUUUUAAUUGCGUUUCAUUUCGUAAUGUGGCAAUGAGCAACACAAGUUGUCGGAUUUUUGAUUCUUAUGUAAUGGGUGCAUGAUCUUCUUUUCGUGUAUAAAUUACACUACGUACAGUUUUUUUGUGAUAAAUACCGUCGUAUUAAAUCGAAUGCAGUUUUUUUUAUUAGUCGUAUAAAAAAGUUUAGAUUAAUUUAAGAAGACUGGGGGAGGGGGGAUUAGUCUCUUUUAUUUUUAUGAAUGAAACCUCCGAUCACGAUAAGCGCAACAAGUUUGCUUUAUAUACUUACGAGGCAUGUUGAGUCAUCUGAUCAUUUUUGUCAUGACGUACUACAGUUAAUUACGAUCACGCGGCAGCGUGGCCUUUUCGCGAUUUAACCCUUUCGCUUGCCCUAUCGUUGCUGAGGCAACAAUCUUCAAAUUCAUCUAGACGUUAAUAUUUACAUGUUGUAUUUAGAUGUCAACAUUUGUAUAAAUAAUUUAUCAAUUUAUACUAUGAAUAAUUUAUUUAAUAACAUUUUGAUUUCUUUAAAAUCGUUAGGAAAAUUGUAAAAAAAAAAAUUAGUUUCCAUUUCCAAACUAUUGGAAACAAUAACAGAACAAAAAAAUUUUUUUUUUCCGAAUAAAAUUCAGGGUUGAAAGGAUUAACUCGGCUUUGUGUACAUUUGUCGCGUAUUUAAUCGACGAUUAAUCGACUUAAGGAACUACGGUGAACGGUGUUCUUUCAUCUUCCUUUCAAAGUGGCACGAAAGCACCGCGUCGUGGACGCGAGGAUCGGAGGCCAGUUUGUUGGCCUGCAUCACCGUUACCGUUUUCAUCCACGCGUGCAACUUUGCGAGCGGAGCUCACACGCAACGCCGCGGAUAAAGCUCCCCUCGUCACGAACGCGUCAUUCCGCGAUCGCGCACACGCGGAGAAUAAAAAAGAAAAAAGAAGGAAAGAAAAAUCCGGUCUUCCGCGAAGCGCCUCGCCGCGCGCGCGCGUCCAUUCCUCCCUCGUGCCGCCGGUUUGCAUUCCUGCGGAGCCUCGCGCGCACCCGUAGGAGCGCGAACCCGUGCGCCGCCGUCUCCGGUAAGGUACGUGGAACGGAACGACGACCUGCCUCGUAGGAAUAUAUGCACGGGAACGAAGAAAAUAUGCGGCGAGAAGUGCGGGGCAUGCCUGCCGCCCGGGGGGGUUCCCAUUGUCACGCUGACUCCGCGCGCGAAUACGUGCGGAGGUAUGCCCGCAUAUUUUCGAGCUUUGCCGUUUCGAAACGAUCAUUCCCGCCCCCCUCCCCCUCCCUCCCUCUCCCAAAAACGGGAUCCGUGUCCUUCGACGAAAACGAGGAGAGAGAGAGAGAGAGAGAGAGAGAGAGAGAGACAAAGAGAGAGAAACAUGCGUGUGAAGGAGCUUAAAAAAAGCGGGGGAAAAAAAAGAAAGAAAACAAAGGGGAGUGCUCCCGGCACUCUCUCGGAAGCCUUCUUCGCUCGCAGACUUGGAUCGUGUGAUAAAGUGUGGGACGGCGUUCGCGUGCUAAUCCCAGCAGCCAUUCCCGCCUCAGCUGUUCUGUCUAUUAUUAUUAUUAUUAUUAUUAUUAUUAUUAUUAUUAUUAUUUCUUUCUACAUAUCGAGCUGAGCGUCAUGUCUCUCGAUCAUUCGACGCGGGAUCAAGAGCCAAGCAACAACCUGUAGCGCGUAAAGCAGGGACCGGACGUGCCUUUCGCGGGGAGAUUUAUCUCACCGUGGGGAGUUCGCGGGCACGUGAAAGAUUCAACAUCCGGCGCGGGUUCUCGUAUACCGGUCCCGCGACUCGCCCGGCGAACCCCGAGGUUCUCGAUCGCUUUCACACGGGGAGAAACGAUCGCGAUCGCCGCCCCCCCAAGGUGACGGUAGCCUCCGCGAACCUAAUCUAACUUUUGGUUUCUUCACGCCACCGUCACCUUGAUCUUUCUAAUAUCCUAGAAGCGUGUCGUAAGAAUACGCAUGUACAUUGUAGGCCGCUAUGUGUGUGAGAAAGAAAGACAGAGAGAAUUCAUUUGUACAUGUAUGUGAGCAUGUAGAAAGAGCGAGAGAGAAAGAAGAAAGGAAGAGUGAGAGAGAGAAGGAGAGCCGUAUGCGCCUGAAUGGGUAUGUGUGUGUGUGUAUAUGCGUAACUGCGUAGAUAUUAACGCACGUCUUCUUCGUGUUUCGUCAUUCCACGCACAAAAAGACGUGUCCGCGAUUUUGUACGCUAGAGUACCGAGAAAUUAGAUUAUAAACUAGGCUACGAUCGACGCGCUUGCAUCUUCUCAAACGCGUCAGCUCUUCUCUUUUUAUACAACGUAAAAUUAAUGUAUAUUUUUGAGGGGACCAAGUUGUUACGUCAUAGAUCAUUCUUCUUUCUUAUAAUACGGACUUACAAUGUAAGCGUGAUGCGUCGAGGGACCAAGCUGCAACGCUACUACGAGUAUACUUCUGCGAUUUUUCUCUUUAUUAUUAAUUUUUUUUUCUUUUUAGUAAAUGGUAUAUAAGACUGGCGAUUUGUAUAAUAAAUCUUGAAUUCGGCGAUUAGUAUAAUGUGUCGAUGUUUCAAAGAAAGACACCCAAGUUGUUUAUAAGCAAUUGUAUGUAAUUACAUGAAUGAUGAAAUGCAGCAUAUGCUUUUAGUUAACUCGCCCAUCGACAUCACACGCAUUUCAAGUGAUAGUUUAGAUAUUUCAAUACGUAGAGAUAAACGAAAGGAAAAAAAAAAAGAAAAGAGCGCUACCUUUUACCCGUUCGUACAUUCCACACCGCGUGCGAGCGUCGCUGUCUUCGAUACAUCCCACUAACGUGGAAUACCUAAUAUCGCGUUCCUAUCCGAGCCGAGUACGCCGACUCGCUUGUAUUAUUCGACAGAGAGAUCGAAACGUGACGAGUCGCGGUGCCGAAGUCAGCGAUACUUUCUACCUCGUAAGAUACGCGCGAGCGUGGAAGAUUUAACAGAGCCCGCUUGAUUUCAUGCCGCUCGAGACAAUUGUCCAAGUUUUAUCGAGAUAACGGCACCAAGAUAACGCUUGAGGAUUUAAACGUACAGGAUGUGGUUCGUACUCGAACUGGUGCUCGAAUUGCGAGACGCUAAAGCUAGGAAACUGAUACGAUCGACCUGGACGCAUUCAGCAACCCAUAUUCUCUUAUCUUAAUCUUGCACUGAUACAAAUGUACACGAAAAAAUACAUCAUUAUUCUUGAUAUCUUUUUAUUGGUAUAUGAACGAUAUUUGAAUCGGGAUUUCCUCGAAAGGCAAAUCAAAUUCAUAAACGCGAACCGCGCUUACUUUUCGAGGAAAUCUCGAUCCAAUAGUCAGUUUAAAGACAGAAAUUUUUAGAAGCUAUAUCAAUCAGUGUAUCAGGAUAUCGAGAUAUUGUAGCUUUAUACGUCAACCCAAUGUUUUUUAAAUAUUUAAAAAACAUUGUCUGCCGAUUGGGAAUGCGUCAGCUUUGUCUUGGACAUGUAAAAGCCAUUUGUUCAUUUUCGGAGAUAAACGUGUGUGGAACGUACGAAUGAUAAGGAUAAAGAUGUAGCUCCAAGAAGUUAUUGGAGAAGGAAGAAAAUGCGACGCGAUUCUUAUAAUUAUUCGUUUCUUUGCCAUCUAGAACAUUUCAACGAGAGAUCUAUGCUCAAAGACUGCCAGGUAAUCGAAACACUCCACGUCGCCACGUGAUUUUGUAUCACUUUUAGAUGUAUACGCGAAAUAGAAUUAUUAUUAACGACGAACGUAACGCUAUUGUCCGGUAACGUAUCGCGUUACUUUCUCCGAAGCUUCAAUCUGUCAUUUUUCAAGCCGGAGAACGCUAGGAUUCGCAUAAUAUUUUAUAUAUAUACAUAUCUCUCUCUUUUUCAUCGUUAGGCGUCCUUCCCUUCUGCCUCGCUUUAUUUGCCGCCGUUCUUCUUGCGGCAAUGAUGAUUGUCAAUUAGCCACGUGCGUUACGCCUAAUAAGUGCCUGGUUUACUUUAGGUACAAAAUGCAUUCCUAUCUAUGUAACUAAUCGACAUUCCAGUAAAGAGACUGCGGUCGUUUUUUGAACGAAAAAAAAAAAUCAGUAUUUUGAAUUGCACAUGUCCCUUUUCACCUUGCGAAAAUCACUUUCGACAAUCGCGAAAUUCGUAAUCUCCGUAAUCGAGAAUUUUCGAAACUCAAGAGAUAUAUUCUAAAUACAAUACAGCGGGGAAAAAAAAUGUAAUUUCCGCGAAAAGAGAUGCGCCGACAUUCCGUUAAUCAGGCUUGAUUUAAGCCGUCGGAGAUCAUGUUGAAACCAAUGUUGAGCAAGCAGUGUUUAUCUGAAACUGCAGUUACGUACGAUCGAGUGGAGACUAAUGCCAUGUGCAUUCGCGUCGAGAUGCAGUAACGGAACCAUACGCCGUACAACUAACCAAAAGUGCCUGCAUCCUGCCGAGCGUAGAUAAGAACUCUCGCUUCCUUUUAUUCGUGAUUUUAUAAUACGGCGCUUCCAGCGGUAGGUGCAUCGUGAUAGGAUAUCGUGCUGUCAAAUAUGCAUAUGUAUUACUUGCCCGAUUUCUGUUCAACCGGAAGAGAAAGAAAAAAGGAUAGAGGAAGAGUCGUUCUCGCGCCUACUGCAACAGUGAUAAGAUAAAAAACUGGGAAAAAUAUAUAGAAUAAAUAUAUAGUAUCUCUAUGGGAGAAAAGAGAAAGAGAGAGAGAGAUACAUGAAGUAUAUAGAUGAAUAGUAUAGCAUUCAUUCGAACGUGUCGAUAAGAAGCGCGCACAAUAAUCGAUAGACAGGUGAAGCACAUGUUGCCUUCUUUAUACGUUAGAAUUUCUUGAUUUUUUCUCCGUCAUUGAUAUAUCGACAAUAAUUUAUAAGAAUAGGUAGGAGUAGGAGAGAUAAUAUGCUAUCUGCGAUAUGACGAUAGGGCUUAAGAAACGGUAGCUUGUACAUCACGUACACGUCGUCGGCAUUGUACGGCGAAUGUCUUCGCGGGUGCGUUUGUUGUCCGUGGUCGGUGCAAUUCCGGCGAGUUUCCUUCUCCAAUAGAAAGAAAGUGGUGGUCGCCGGCGCAAGGAUGCAACGUGGACCAUUCACGCGUCGAAAUUGCACCGGUCACCAAUACCGAUCCAAUCGUCGCAAUUAAGAAUAAUGUAGCUGGUCCGAGAAAAGGGCACCGUGCUUAUAUCGGCACACACUCGAAGAACGAAGAACAAGGACACGUCGCCGCAUCCAGGUCGCGUAGAAAAUUUAUAUUCAUAUAUAUAUACAUAUAUAUAUGUAUCUUUUACUUAUUUUCGUCUCUUCGCUCUUCGAGCGCGCGCAAUUCGAAUGCGGAUAGAGAACACUGCCCUCCUGAGGAAUGAAAUGUUAUAUAUAUAUGUAUAUGUAUAUAUAUAUGCAUAUAUAUAUAUUUUAAUACGAAAUGUUUUUCUCUUGUGAAGUUAAACUAAUAAAUAUCAACGAUUAAGCAACGAUCAA